AUGUACGGCGCCGGCACAGGCCCUCAGACGGGCAUUUCCACACCCAGAUCCAGCGCCUCUCUUCGACCUUUGACUCUCACCCACGGCAGUCUCGAAACCUCGUUCCUCGUUCCUACUAGCCUUCAUUUCCACGCUUCGCAGAUCAAAGAACGCUUCGUGGCCACCCUACCCAGUCCUACAGACGAGCUCGCUCAAGAUGACGAACCAUCAUCCGUCGCCGAGCUGGUGGCUCGAUAUCUCGGCUUCGUCGCCAAAGAGGUGGAGGACGGCGAGGACGACGCGCAGGGUUCAUACGAAGAGGUUUUGAAGUUGGUUCUAAACGAAUUUGAGCGAGCAUUCCUCCGCGGCAAUGAGGUUCACGCCAUUGCCGCUGCUCUUCCUGGCAUUGAAACGAAGAAGCUCGAAGUCAUCCGGUCCUACUACAUGGCUCGUGCCGUCACCAACAGAACCAUAAAGCCCCACGAGUCCGCUCUAUUCCGGGCUGCUGGUGAUGGUUCUGCCGAUAUAUACACCAUUUUUGGCGGACAGGGCAACAUAGAAGAGUAUUUUGAUGAGCUCCGCCAGGUUUUCCAGACCUAUUCGAGCUUUAUUGGCGAGCUCGUCAUAUCUGCCGCUGAACAGUUGAGGACGCUCUCUACCAACCCUAGCGCAGAAAAGAUGUUCCCCAAGGGCUUGGACAUCAUGAACUGGCUACAACAUCCGGACUCAACGCCUGAUGUUGAGUACCUAAUUUCUGCUCCUGUUAGUUUCCCCUUGAUCGGUCUCGUCCAGAUGGCCCAUUAUGAGGUUGCCUGCAAGACCCUGGGUGUACACCCUGGUAUGCUCCGGGAGCGCAUUAGCGGCAGUACCGGUCAUUCUCAAGGCAUUGUCAUGGCCGCCGCAACGUCCGCUGCCGAUGAUUGGGAGUCGUGGCGUGAGAUUGUCAGCUCAACGCUCUCUAUUCUGUUCUGGGUCGGCACAAGAAGUCAGCAAGCUUUCCCUACCACCUCCAUGACACCAACCAUGCUUCGCGAAUCUAUCGAACACGGCGAGGGUAACCCAACACCCAUGUUGAGCAUUCGAGAUCUCUCGCAGCAAGAGGUCCAGAAGCAUAUCGAUGCGACAAACCAGUACCUUCCUCCACAUCGACACAUCAGCAUUUCACUUAUCAACAGCCCUCGCAACUUGGUUGUAACUGGCCCACCCACCUCUCUGUACGGUCUGAACUCUCGGUUGCGAAAGGUCAAAGCUCCCACUGGCUUAGACCAGACUCGAAUUCCUCACACUGACCGCAAGGUCCGCUUUGUGAACCGCUUCCUCCCCAUUACCGCCCCCUUCCACAGCAAGUACCUGGCUGAGGCUACCGAGAUGAUCGAUGCCGACCUCAAGAAUAUUUCUAUCGAUGCUGAAGAUCUCGGCAUACCUGUUUUCGACACCAACACUGGUAAGGACCUUCGAACCGAAGUCAAGGGCAAUAUUGUUCCUGCCCUUGUGCGGUUAAUCACCCGUGAUCCCGUAAACUGGGAGAAGGCUACCGUCUUCGCCGAUGCCACCCACAUCCUUGACUUUGGUCCUGGAGGUGUUUCCGGUCUUGGUACCUUGACCAGCCGAAACAAAGAGGGUACUGGUGUUCGUGUUAUCCUGGCUGGUACUAUUGAGGGCACCAUGAACGAGGUUGGCUACAAACCCGAGAUCUUUGAUAGAGACGAAGAGAAUGCGCUGCGAUAUGCCAUUGAUUGGGUGAAGGAAUUUGGCCCCCGUUUAGUCAAAUCAUCCGGCGGCCGAAAGUACGUCGAUACCAAGAUGAGCCGUUUGCUUGGAUUACCUCCCAUCGUCGUGGCUGGCAUGACCCCUGCUACAGUUCCCUGGGACUUUGUUGCUGCUACCAUGAACGCUGGUUACCAUAUUGAGCUCGCUGGUGGCGGUUAUUUCAUGGGCGGUAUGAUGACUGACGCUCUGCUCAAAAUCGAAAAGGCGAUUCCUUCUGGGCGUGGUAUUACUGUCAACCUGAUCUACGUUAACCCCCGUGCUAUGGCUUGGCAGAUUCCCUUGCUUGGCAAGCUGCGAGCUGAGGGUGUACCCAUCGAGGGUUUGACCAUCGGUGCCGGCGUCCCUUCCAUCGAGGUUGCCCAGGAAUACAUUGAGACUCUAGGCCUCAAGCAUAUUGGCUUCAAACCCGGCUCUGUUGAAGCUAUCCAGGCCGUCGUUAAUAUUGCCAAGGCCAACCCCAACUUCCCUGUCCUUUUACAGUGGACUGGCGGCCGUGGCGGUGGCCACCACUCUUUCGAAGAUUUCCAUCAGCCCAUCCUACAAAUGUACGGCCGCAUCCGUCGCCAGGAAAACAUAAUUCUCGUUGCUGGUAGUGGAUUUGGCGGUGCUGCGGACACCUAUCCGUACAUCACCGGCGAGUGGGCUAAAAAAUAUGGUUACCCCCCAAUGCCCUUUGAUGGUUGCUUGUUUGGUAGUCGCAUGAUGGUUGCCAAGGAAGCUCAUACAAGCAAAGAUGCCAAACAAGCCAUCAUCGACGCUCCUGGUUUGGACGACAGCGAGUGGGAGAAAACAUACAAGGGUCCUGCCGGAGGUGUCAUCACAGUCCGUUCCGAAAUGGGUGAGCCCAUACACAAGCUGGCCACUCGAGGCGUGCGUUUUUGGGCCGAGAUGGACCAGAAGAUCUUCAGCUUGCCCAAAGAGAAGCGUGUUGCUGAGCUGAAGAAGAAUCGUGAGUACAUCAUUAAGCGCCUCAAUGACGAUUGCCAAAAAGUUUGGUUCGGUUGCAACAAGGAGGGCAAGGCUUGUGACCUAGAAGACAUGACCUAUGGUGAGGUUGUUCGCCGAAUGGUGGAGCUUCUCUAUGUCAAACAUCAGAAGCGCUGGAUUGACCCUACCUAUAUCAAAUUGACGGGUGAUUUCAUUCACCGUGUUGAAGAGCGUUUCACCAGCACUGCUGGGAAAGCCUCCCUUCUUCAAAACUAUGCCGACCUCAACGACCCCUUCUCGACUGUGGAGCGUAUCCUUUCUCACUAUCCGGAAGCCGAGACGCAGAUAAUCAAUGCCCAGGAUGUUCAGCAUUUCCUGAUUCUUUGCCUACAACCCACUCAAAAGCCUGUCACUUUCAUUCCGUCUCUUGACGACAACUUUGAGUUCUUUUUCAAGAAGGACUCCCUUUGGCAGUCCGAAGAUUUGGAUGCAGUUAUCGGCCAGGACGUUGGCCGAACGUGCAUUCUCCAGGGUCCUGCUGCUGUCAAGUAUUCAACCGUCGUGGACGAGCCUAUCAAAGACAUUCUGGAUGGCAUCCACGAGUCGCACAUCGAGAUGCUUACUCGAGACAUGUACAACAACGAUGAGAGCUCGAUUCCGUUCGUUGAAUAUUUUGGCGGCAAGUUGGUCGAGUCCGAGAUCCCCCUCGAUGUUGAAGGGCUUACUGUUGCCUAUGACGCUCAUAGAAACACCUAUCGCCUGUCUUCUGCCGCUGGUACACCACUUCCUUCACUAGAGUCCUGGCUGGCCUUGCUAGCCGGUCCGAAUCGCAACUGGCGCCACGCUCUCCUCAUGUCAGACGUUGUCGUUCAAGGCCAGAAGUUCCAGACCAACCCGUUGAAGCGGAUUUUCGCUCCUACUCGUGGCCUGUUCGUUGAAAUUCAAUACCCCAACGAGCCUACUAAGACCGCUAUCAUAGUCCGAGAACAGCCUCGACAUAACCACUAUGUUGACGUCAUUGAGGUUAAGCUUGUCGGCAAGAACGAGAUUCUGGUCAACUUGAUCAAGGAUACCACUGCUCUUGGCAAGGCUGUGGCUAUGCCUCUCAAAUUCACGUACAAUCCCGAGGCUGGCUAUGCUCCGAUUCGCGAGGUAAUGGCGGAUCGCAAUGACCGUAUCAAGGAGUUCUACUGGAAGGUGUGGUUCGGCGAGGAGCCCUUGAAUCUGGAUGCUCUUAUCACCAGCACCUUCGAUGGUGGCCGCACCACCAUCACCAGUGAGGCCAUCAAUGAUUUUGUGCACGCUGUUGGCAAUACCGGCGAGGCUUUUGUUGAUAGACCUGGCAAGAUUGUGUACGCUCCUAUGGACUUCGCCAUCGUCGUUGGGUGGAAGGCAAUUACCAAACCCAUUUUCCCCCGCACCAUCGAUGGUGACUUGCUAAACUUGGUUCACUUGUCGAACCAAUUUCGCAUGAUACCUGGGGCAGAACCUCUCAAAAAGGGUGACGAAGUUGCCACUACUGCCCAGAUCAACGCAGUCAUCAACCAAGAAGCCGGCAAGAUGGUUGAAGUCUGCGGUACUAUUUCUCGCGAUGGCAAACCUGUCAUGGAAGUGACGUCACAGUUCUUGUAUCGUGGCAAGUACUCUGACUAUGAGAACACUUUCCAGCGCAAGAUCGAAACCCCGGUGCAGGUCCACCUGGCUACAACCAAGGACGUCGCUGUCCUCCGCUCCAAGCAGUGGUUCACAACCGACGAACUCCCAAGCGACAUUGAUCUGCUUGGCCAGACCUUAACCUUCAAGCUUCAGUCUCUUGUACGGUACAAGAACAGAAAUAUCUUCAGCAGUGUCGAGACUAGAGGCCAGGUUCUCUUGGAGCUACCCACAAAGGAAGUUAUUCAAGUUGCCAGUGUCGACUAUGAGGCUGGCGAGUCGCAUGGCAACCCCGUUAUGGACUACCUAGAGCGUCAUGGUUCUCCCCUAGACCAGCCUAUUCUCUUUGAAAAUCCUAUUCCCCUCAGUGGCAAGACACCCCUGCAGCUACGUGCUCCUUCAUCCAACGAGACGUACGCUCGUGUCUCUGGAGACUACAAUCCCAUCCAUGUCUCCCGUGUCUUUUCCACCUAUGCCAACCUUCCGGGCACCAUCACCCAUGGCAUGUAUUCUAGUGCCGCCGUCAGAAGCCUAAUUGAGACCUGGGCGGCCGAGAACGAUACCGGCCGUGUGCGGAGCUUCCAGGCCUCUUUCGCCGGGAUGGUUUUGCCCAACGAUGACAUCCAGGUGAAGCUGCAGCAUGUUGGUAUGGUUGCUGGCCGAAAGAUUAUCAAGGUCGAAGCUAGCAACACUGAGACGGAAGAAAAGGUGUUGCUGGGCGAGGCGGAAGUCGAACAGCCUGUGACAGCCUACGUCUUCACAGGUCAGGGCUCACAGGAACAGGGCAUGGGCAUGGAACUGUAUGGUAGCAGUCCGGUAGCCAAGGAGGUUUGGGACCGGGCUGACAAGUAUCUCCUCGACAACUACGGCUUUUCCAUUACCAACAUCGUCAAGAACAAUCCCAAGGAGCUUACUAUUCACUUUGGUGGUCCGCGAGGCAAAGCUAUCCGCCAGAACUACAUGGCAAUGACAUUUGAAACUGUUGGCGCCGAUGGUUCUAUCAAAUCGGAGCGUAUCUUCAAGGAGAUUGACGAAAGCACGACUUCCUACACUUACCGAUCGCCUACUGGCCUCCUCUCGGCCACUCAAUUUACGCAGCCUGCUCUGACAUUGAUGGAGAAGGCCAGCUUCGAGGAUAUGAAGUCGAAGGGCCUCGUACCUCGUGACAGCACCUUUGCCGGCCACUCUCUGGGAGAAUAUUCGGCCCUUGCUGCCUUGGCUGAUGUCAUGCCUAUUGAGUCAUUGGUGUCGGUCGUCUUCUAUCGUGGCCUGACCAUGCAAGUGGCUGUAGAGCGCGACGCUGCUGGCCGAUCCAAUUACUCGAUGUGUGCUGUCAAUCCCAGCCGCAUCUCCAAGACAUUUAAUGAGGAGGCUCUGCAGUUUGUUGUCAAUAACAUUGCUGAGGAGACUGGCUGGCUACUGGAAAUCGUCAAUUACAACAUUGCCAACAUGCAAUAUGUGUGUGCUGGUGAUUUGCGCGCUUUGGACACGUUGGCCGGGGUCACAAACUUUGUCAAGAUGCAGCAAAUCGAUAUUGAAGAAAUGCGAAGCAAUAUUGAAGAAGCCAAGGGUGCUCUCCGCAAGAUUAUUCGCGGUUGCGCCGAGGCGACUCUGAAGAAACCUCUUCCUCUGGAGUUGGAGCGUGGAUUUGCCACAAUCCCACUGCGUGGUAUCGACGUGCCUUUCCACUCCACCUUUUUGCGGUCAGGUGUCAAGCCUUUCCGAUCAUUCCUACUCAAGAAAAUCAACAAGACGACAAUCGACCCUUCGAAACUGGUCGGAAAGUACAUUCCCAAUGUCACCGCCAAGCCUUUCGAGCUCACCAGAGAGUACUUUGAAGAUGUGUACAAGCUGACAAAUUCGCCCAAGAUCGGUGCUGUACUGGCCAACUGGGAAAAAUACACGCAGGAGGACGAGAGCAAGACGGUUAGCGACAGUUCAUCAAGCGUGGGCUAUGAUGGGCCUGGUGCCGCCGCCUAA